CAUUGAUAAAUCACUUGUCUCUUCCUUCAUUUGUGUAAGUGACACGGUGCAGCGUGUCGUUGUCAUUUUGCAGUUUGGUAUUUUUGGUGAUUUUUCCGGGCUAAACGUGUAACUUACGCAUCAGAAAAUGUAUACUAACGAUGAAUAUGGUGGCCCGGACUACUACGAUGACUACGGUCAUACAGGAGACCCGCACUUGGACAUGGAGUACGAACGGGCGUACUAUUCAAACCGCAUGCCGGAAAAUGUGAAAACCUUCAUUCUUAACUUUCGGGCUGCCAUCAACGAGGGCGUGAUGUUCGAUAUCCAAAACAUGUACGAGAACACAUUCCCCCAACUGAGCGAUCACCAUUUCGACAAGAGCGCCUGGCCCGAUGAGACAGAAGUUGGACCCCUCGUUGAUAACGACAAGGUCUUCAUGAUUCUGUACAAGGAAUUGUACUAUCGUCACAUUCACGCACGAAUCCCAGGUGGACCGAAACUUGAGCAACGCAUUAAUUCGUUCUUCAACUACUGCGACUUCUUCAAUUUGAUCUUGUCGUCGAAGAAGCCUGUGCUGUUGGAAUUGCCCGACAUUUGGCUUUGGGAAUUGGUCGAUGAAUUUGUUUACCAAUUCCAGAACUUCGCACAGUAUCGCGCUCGGCUGACGGAUAAAACGCAGGAGGAAAUGGAACAAUUGUUGAACAACAAUAGCAAUGUCUGGAAUAUCCUUUGUAUUCUCAACGUUCUGCAUUCACUUGUAGACAUUUCGAAUAUUAAGCAGCAACUGGAAGUUGAGACGAAUGGAGGCGAUCCUGCCACCGUAGCAGGCGAGUUUGGCAGCCAAUCGCUGUAUAAAAUGUUGGGGUACUUCUCGCUUGUGAGUUUAUUGCGGGUACAUUCGUUGCUCGGCGACUACUACCAAGCCAUCAAGGUUUUGGAGCCCAUUGAAAUCCACAAGAAAUCACAGUAUUCGCAUAUUCCGGCUUGUCAAAUUUCGACUUCGUACUACGUUGGGUUCGCGUACAUGAUGAUGCGUCGCUACGCCGACGCCAUUCGCACAUUCUCCUCUAUUUUGUUGUACAUUCAGCGCACGAAGCAACUAUACAGCGCCCGGUCGUACCAAAACGAUCAAAUCAACAAACAAACGGAUCAAAUGUACCAUCUGCUCGCUAUUUGCUUGGUGCUCCACCCUCAAUGCAUCGAUGAAUCUAUUCAGCAAGUGUUGCGCGACAAGAACUACCACGACAACAUGUGCAAGAUGCAAUGUGGUGAUUUGGAUGCCUUCAAGAGUUUCUUCAUAUUUGCCUGCCCGAAAUUCGUUAGUCCAUGCCCCCCACCAGCAGACGCCCCGUUCGAAGACUACGUCAAGGAUGCGAUGGAGCAUCAACUGCAAGUGUUUAUGGAUGAAGUGAACCAACAAAAGGAUUUGCCAACCAUUCGUUCGUAUCUGAAGUUGUACACAACCCUUCCGCUUGGCAAAUUGGCAGCGUUUAUGGAUCAAAGCGCAAAUGAGGCUGACCCACGCGAAAUCGCCAACUUGAUGAUCCAUCUGCUAUGCUUCAAACAUAAAAUGAAGAACAUCGUCUGGACGAAGGGUUCAAGCGGGUUAGAGGGAAAGUUCCAGUCUGGCUCGGAGUUGGACUUCUACAUCGACAACGACAUGAUCCACAUCGCUGAUACGAAGGUGGCACAUCGAUAUGGCGACUUCUUCAUUCGGAAAAUUGUUAAGUUCGAUGACUUGAAUCGACGACUACAUAACAUCAACAUCAAAUAGAGUCUUGGAUUAUUUCAAAUUUUGUGAUUGCAUCUGAUACAUUAAUGUUUUGUAAAAUUUUACCACCACUUUGGGUCGUAAUAAAAUAUAUUACGAUUCCAAGAUU